AUGGGUGGCAGUCGGGGUCUGAGCACCCUGGAAAAGUUUCUGAUAUUUCUCUUUGUGGCCAUGACCGCAGCCUGCAUCGGCCUCAUGGUCGUCUACUUCACUGAGAAAUCUGACUCCUCUACUCAUGAAGGUGAGUGGCCGGACUCAGGGUGUAGUAGUCCUCAGGAGCUGUCUGGAGAGUCGGGAACCUUCACCAGCGCCAGCUACCCCAGUCACUACGAGAAUGGAAAGAGCUGCACCUGGCACAUCACUGUGGACCCUGACAAGGUGAUCCAACUGUGGUUUGAGGAGUUUGCUUUGGAAGAAAAUCAGCUCUGCACGUCAGACUUCAUUACACUGCGAGACUCUCUGGGAACCAUUGGUAAAUUCUGCGGCUACACCAAACCGAAGCCGGUGGUGUCACUCACAAACCAUCUGACUGUUUUCUUCGACACCAAUGACAGAGUAACAGACCAAGGAUUCAAGGCUCAUUACAAAGCUGUGUCUCCAAAGCUCGCACCAGAAAUAGCCGGAGCCGGUGGCUUUCUCCAAGGUGACCGGGGGGAUCUGAUGACCCCCAGCUUCUCAGAGCAGAACUACCCGAACGGAGCACUCUACCAGUGGAAAAUCACGGUUCCUGAAGGCGAGAGGGUUCGACUGACAUUUACCUCUUUUGACCUGGUCCCUGAGGUCUGUGGAGACUUUGUUCAGGUCUACGAUGGCCACAAAGCCGGCUCUCCUGCACUCAGUAAAUUCUGUGGGGGGACGUUUCCAAAGCCGGUGGAGUCCAGUGGAAACACAAUGGUGGUCCGCUUCAAAUCGGACAACACUUUGACUUCUAAAGGAUUCAGAGCGACUUUCACCAAGUCCAGCCUUCCACCUGUUGUUCCCAGCACAACAACGGCCCGCCCCACAUCCACAUCCACAGCCAGACCCACCAUACAAACCUCUGCACCUUCCACAACGCCUGGAGGUGGUGUAGAAAUUCUUGAGGGGCGUAAAGGACUUUUCCAUUCCCCGGGGUUCCCGAAUCCAUAUCCUGCUCAUCAGAGAAUCUCCUGGAAGAUUUCUGUGCCCAAAGGAUUCCUGGUUAAACUGCAGAUCACUGACAUGGCUAUCACAGGAGAGACUGGACAAUGCAAGGAGGACAAACUGAUCAUCUCAGACGGUUUCAGCACAUUAGGGACACACUGUGGUUACAUCCUUCCCCCCACGAUGGUCAGUGUCAGCAACACAAUGUCUGUCACCUUCCAGUCCGACAGUCGCCUCCAAGACCGAGGUUUCUCUGCCAGAUGGGAAGCUGUGUAUCCUGAGGAUAUCGCAGAAAUCCAGGGCUGUGGCUUUUCUUCCAAAGAGGAAACAGGAGUUAUCAAGUCCCAGAACUGGCCGAUGAACUACAAAGCUAACUCUGAGUGCAUGUGGAACAUCGCUUUGCCUAUGUUGAAGAAAAUGACACUGACAUUCACCCACUUUGACCUGGAAGCCAGAGAUAUCUUCACCUCCAAAUGCUACGAUAAGAUCAUAGUGCAUGACAUCAACACUUUGACUAAUACACUGCUUACUACACACGGUCCAUAUUGUGGGACCAAGCUGCCUGUUACCAUCCGGACAAAAGGCAACAGGCUGGUGAUUCGUUUCCACACAGACUUGUUUACUGAGGCCAAAGGCUUCAGGGCGUACUGGACCACAGAUCCCAGUUUACCUGCUCCCACUGAGCCGCCGGUACCACCCAACCCCUGGGACGACAUCCCCAUAGACUGGCCCAGUACAUGUGGGAAACCAGCCAUUCCUCCUGCUGUUCUGUCACGCAUUGUGAACGGAGAGCCGGCCACGCCGCACUCCUGGCCCUGGCAGGUGUCCAUGCAGGUUUGGCCGGACAGUCGUCCAGAACCCACAUUCUUCCACACCUGUGGUGCUACUCUCAUUCAUAAGAACUGGGUGCUUACAGCAGCCCACUGCUUCAUACGCUAUGCUGACGAACUGCAGCGUUGGAACAUGUGCCUCGGCAAACACAACCUGACCUACACAGAGCCGAGCGAACAGUGCUUCAAUGUGACUGGUAUCUAUCGCCACGAGGGCUUCAAGUAUCCCACAGUGCCCACGGUGGAGUUUGACAUCGCUCUGGUCAGGCUGGACGGGGAGGUGAGGCCCAGUGAUGAGAUCUCGUACGCCUGCCUCCCCUCCAAGGAGGAGGUGCUGCCUGCGGGCAAGAAGUGCUACGCCAGCGGCUGGGGAGAUGAGACCGGUGAUUCAAUGAAUGCUCAAGUUGCAGAGGCCCUUAACCAGGUCGCCCUGCCAGUCGUGCCGUAUGACACCUGCAAGAGGAUGGAUUACUGGUGGUUCCAGGUCAAGACCUCCAUGAUCUGCUGUGGGUAUACCCUGCCUGAUGAGCUCAAGUCAGUCUGUCAGGGAGAUUCAGGCGGUCCUCUGGUGUGUCAGGACGCCCCUGGGGGUCCUUGGGAGGUCCAUGGUAUAACCAGCUUUGGCCCUGUUGGAUGUAUCAUGAACAAGAAGCCCUCCGUGUUCACCCGCUCCUCUGCCUACCUCCCCUGGAUCGAAAAUGUCAUCCGCAGGGACAUGUACAACGAGCACACAUCUGGCUGCGGAGGGCCAAAGGACUUGAUUGGCACAGCAGGCACCCUGUCCUCUAUGGGUCACCCUGGCAGCUAUAACAACAAAGCUCGCUGCCAGUGGAACAUCCGGGCACCCUUCGGCAAACUGAUCCACCUUCGUUUCCACAGUUUCUCCCUGGAGGAGAGCGAUCUGUGCUUGAACGACAGAGUCAGCCUCGCAGACAGAUAUGGAACUCUAGGCACACACUGCAGCCACGUGCCCCCCAGAGACGUGGUGAGCGGUGGAGACACGCUUCACAUCAGCUUCUCCUCCAACGACAGGGUGGUGGACACGGGCUUCAAUGCCACCUGGAGGGUAGUGGACCCCACCGAUGCAGUUCAUUGUGGAGGGAGCUCCAGUAGUCCUCAGGGUGAAAUCCGUUCUCCUAACUGGCCCAAUGACUACCAAGCCCAGUCUGUGUGCACAUGGCAUAUCAGUAUUCCUUCAGCGAAAAGUAUCCAUGUCGCCUUCACUCACUUUGAGUUGCAAGCUACAAACCUGUUCGGAAACUGUGUGGACUACGUGGAGAUCUUCAACGGAGACAGCAUGGCAUCACUGGGUCAAUUCUGCGGCUUUGCCCCUCCACCCACGAUCACCAGCCCGAGCAACACAGUCAUCAUUCGCUUCCUUAGCAAUGGAAAAGAUCAACAGAAAGGUUUCCGUGGUUACUGGACCGCUGAUGCUGAUGUUAUCCCAACUUUACCUCCUCCACCUGCUAACCCAUGGGAUGACAUCGCUAUCAACUGGCCAACAGAAUGUGGAAACCCAGAAGUAGAACCCAACACAGCCACCCCGAGGGUGGUUAAUGGGGAGGAGGCGAUCCCUCACUCCUGGCCCUGGCAGGUCUCCAUGCAGGUAAAGUCCCCUCCCGUUUCUCUGUGUCAAAUUAGCAGUGCGUCACCCAUGCUUCCCAUUCCUUACAUGCACGGCUGUGGAGGUUCUCUGAUUCACGAAGAGUGGGUCCUAACUGCGGCUCACUGUUUCAUGUUCCCACUGAACAAGCCCUCCUACUGGCGCAUGUGUCUGGGGAAGCACCACAUGAACUCCUCCGCGGACGUUCCCUCUGCAGAGGAAUGCUUCAAGGUGGACGGCAUUAUCCGCCAUGAGGGGUUCGUCUACGAGCAGGACAACACCGACAUCACCAACGACAUAGCCCUGGUGCAUCUGGCCGAGCCUGUCAACAUGACGAGGGAGAUCAGUCCCAUCUGUCUGCCUGAACCUGGAGCUGUGUUGCCUGCUGGGACGCCCUGCUUCGUCACCGGCUGGGGAGACGAGAAAGGUAAUCUGUUCCCCAAAGUGUCUGAGAAGCUGAACCAGGCAGCACUUCCUAUUAUUGACUUCCCGACCUGCAGUAAGCCUGCUUACUGGUGGGACACCCUCAGACCCUCCAUGAUCUGUGCUGGUUAUGAGUCUCCAGACGAGCUCAAGUCAGCCUGCCAGGGUGACUCUGGAGGUCCUUUUGCCUGCGCGACAGGUGGAGUGAACAAGACCUGGGAGGUGCACGGCAUCGUUAGCUUCGGACCUCAGGGCUGCAUCAAAGACAAGAAACCCUCAGUGUUCACCCGCGUCUCCUCCUUCAGUGACUGGAUCAACGACCAGAUCAAGAAGUUUAUAUAUGAAAGUGGCUUACCCAUCUAAAGCUCAGAUCUUUAACCCUCCUGUUAUGUUCAUUUCUCAGGCACAGCAAUAAUUUUUGUGGGUCAAUUUGACCUGGGGCAUGUUUAAUUUUCCAAAAGUGUCAGAAACUAAAAAAAUCCCAAUAAACAUUGUUUAUAUUUAAUUAAUAAAAUGCAUGUUAAAACUUUUGGUAACGCUUUAUAAUAAGGUCCUUAUAAUAACCAUUAAUUAACAAGUAAUAAGGCAUUGUUCUCGCUUUAGAUCUGGUAGUUGCAAAAAGCAUAGUUAACUUAUAGUUAACUUAUAAUAGAUGAGCAAUAAAGUAUAUUUUAAUAUCAAUACGCAAACAAAAUAAGAUUAAUAAAGA